GUAAGUCGUUAUCGUGUGUAUGAGAACUGACGAAAUUUUAACCAUCCAAAGGAUCCUCAACAUCAUUCAAGAUGGCGAUGCUUGAGACACCGUCUCGAAUAUGGCGUAGAAUUCAAGCUGCAGACGAAGGAGAGCCACCUUCUCUUCCGUCACUACCUGCCUUCGAUUCUGGUGCACAAGACUCAGACUCAGACUCAGACUCAAACCAACAUUCAACUGACGAUGGCCCUGUUAUCUUGCCGGUGCAUUCAACACCCGCCCCUGCCUCAGCGCACACGGCGACCUCAACUAUCAGGCUACAAUCAAGUACUUCCAGCACAGCACGCUUUGCAAGCUCUCUUACAUCACGCUCUGUAUCAGCCAAAUCUUCCUCUGCCUCUAGAACAUACCCAUAUCCUCGGAGCCCUGCACAAAGCUUCGAAGUGAGUGCCAUUACCUCGCUUCCCCACGAGAGCGACGAGAAUACAGAACCAGAAGACUUGCCUCUCGCACAUAGUAGGCACAGUGUUCCGGAGUCUCAUUUACCGCCAGAAGAGAAUGGGGUGGACGAUAUGUCUUUGGAGGAUGCACUACAGUCGGUCAGUCGCUCUAGUUCCCCGUUUUCUCCCGAAAUCCCUCUGGACAAUCCUACGCCGAAGAAGAAAUACGAUUACUCGAUGUCAUUGCGUUCUGAACUUCAGCAAUCGCCAUUUGACAAAUACCGUAAUGUUGCACUACGAAAACCAUUCGCACGGACGAGAACGCCGUCACUUUCCCGGACGACGCCUUCUCCUGUCUCAUCACCUCCAAACUCCACGCCUCGCAGCAACAGAUCUAUUCCACUACCUAUAGAGACACCGUCACCGACUCCUGGUGUUUACGUUCCGUUACCUCGUUCGAGAACUGCCUCUCCAGCUGUCACUUCACUCCCAAGCGUCGUGAUACAGCCCCCUGAGGAUGAGAGCAGUGAUGAACAAGAGCUUUCUCCAGCACAUUCACAGGACACACCACAGGAAAGUGACCCCGAACUAGGGCAGGAGGACUCUGGCACGCAAUCGGACCGCGAGCCCACAUUUUCAUCCGCAUCGUCUGAUCCAAGCAAUCAAAUCAACAACGACCGAACCAUAGGUGCUCAUUCGACAGCGUUUAUAUCGCCUGCCAGAUCAGUGUUAGAUUUCACACCCGUUCCGCGCUUUCGUACGCAGUUCAACAUCCCACCUGCAUACAAUGAACCAGGUACAGAUGCGGGCGAAGAGCUCCUCACACCUCAUGCCCGCAGGCGAUCAUUUCUUCUUUCAGUCAUCAACUCCACUGCCAGACCGCGCAUGAAGUUUACCCCUCAUCCCCACAACCGGCUCAGUGCUCUCCCUGUGUCGCAGAGCUCAAGUGGGAGCAGCGAAAACGCAUCCGGUGUCAGCGCAACGCCCGUGGGUCCGAUGCGCACCGCAUUUGCUGGUAUCACUCCUCGGCCUGGACGGGGGCGGGGACGCAUGUCGCACCCUCUUGCGCAGGCGCAUGUUCCAGACAGUGCAUCCUCUACAGGUGAAAGUGAGCAUCUCGCAUCCCCCUCUGACAUCGAGCUCCGCGGCGCAUCGGCUUCGUUCCUCUCCACUGCGUCCUCACAGGAUCUCACCACACACCCACGUGCCAACACCUCGUACGACCCUGCGCUUGGCACAGGUCAGCGCGGCGUGGCCCGCUUCGAUGCGCCGAAGCUGAAUCAUUAUCUUCACACACUGAACUCGAAACUACAGGAAGAGAACAAGGUACUCGUUGACCGGUUGAGGAAGUACGAAGAGGUGAAGGAUGCUGAUCAGCGACGGCUCAGUUUGGAAAGCAUGGGCUCUGGAAAGGCGCGAAGGGUCAGUGCAGGGAGUGGACUGGGCGAUGUGGAGGAGGCGGGGGAAGAAGGGUGGGCAGAGGAGAAGAAAGAUUUGGAGGAGCUGGUCGAGAGUCUGGAGGCUCAGCUCGACGAGCUGGCAGGGGCGAAGGAAAGCGUGGACCAGGACCUUGAGACUGAGCGGCGUGAGCGUGCACGAGAUAAGGAACGUUGGCGGGAGCGUAUGCAUGAGGUCGAGAAUGGUGUUGCAGAUAUCAUGGGUGACUUGGAGCAGAAAGUCGCAGAGAGCGAGCGAGUUCUGGAAGAGACGACGAAGGAGGCGGAGCGUAUCCAUGAACGACUUCAAAGCGAGCGUGACCUUGCGCUGGAGAGGGCUGGACAGGCAGAGGCGGCAAUGGAGAACGGGAAGGAGCUUGGAGGCGCAUUGAAGGAGGCCAACGCGCGGAUCAGCAUUCUCACAGCCGACCUGCAGAGUGCGACCGCACAGAUCAAGGAUCUGGAGGAUGAAAUAAUGACGAGCGACCACCGUGUUGACGAGCUCGAGAAGGAACUCAAGAAGGAGCGGCUCUCCGCCAAGCUGGCUAACGAUGAUCUUCACAGCCAGUUGAGCGAGAUGGGGGCUGAGAUCAUACGCUCUAGUGCUCGGUCAUCUGAACUCGAGAAGGACCUCAAAGCUCAAGAAGCUGCUGCAAGACGUCUACAGCACGAGCUGGAAGCAAAGGCAGAGGAGCUUGCAGAAGCACAGCAGCUCAUUGCACAUUCUGGCAAUGAUAUCAACGAGGAAGUUCGCGAACUUAAGACCUAUACUGCCGAGCUCGAAGAGGCUGCUGCUGCGACAACUGAACGCAUCCAAGACCUCGAAGAGCAGCUCACCUCCGCUCAAACCCACUUUGACCAGUUGGAGGCCGAAGAACAGGAGGCUAAUGAUCGUGCUGAAGCACUGGAAAGGGAAAAGGAAAGGGCAUCGCUGCUGGUCAACCAAAUGGAGGACGCUCUUGAAGCUGCGGAGCAGAAGAUGCGCACCGACCAAGAAGUUGUCGCAGAUCUCAAGGCCAAGAUUUCCACCCUUGAAAGAGAAAGAGAACGUGAGAGGGAGAUGUCUCGACUUCUGAAAGGACGGCAUUCAGACGAGAGCAAUGCUGAACUUGAGAAUGCACUCGAGGCAGAGCUCGAACAGGCGCACAAAGAGAUCGCGAGACUCGCUGAGCUCCUUCAACACUCUCCUGCACGGAAAGCCAUUGAUGCUGCUAAGGACCAGAGGAUCGAGAUUUUGGAGAAGGACAAGGAGGAGCUCCAGGCACGUAUCAAGACCCUCCGAUCAACUAGCUUUGAGGCGGCAACUCCAAAUAAGGUGGUCAACCUCAGUGGAAUCUCACCCAUUCAUCGGCAUGUAUUAUCGAUGUCUGUUAGGGCUCCAAAGACACCUGGAGGUCCUCUGAAAGAUCUUUCCUGGCUGAACAACACCACCGGCGAUGCGUCAGUAUCGCCGCUAUUAACCGAAAUCGCUCGUCUUCAAACUGAACUUGACCGUGCCAACGAUAAUAUCGAUCAAAAGCUCGAUGAACUGGAAGAUGCUGGGUUGGGAGUCGUGUCCCUCACUAGAGACCUUGAACUUGCCCGAUCCCAGAUUUCUCAAAUGGAAAACGAGAUGGGAAGGUUACAGAGACGUGAGGAGCGUCGACUUCACCGACUCCAAAGGCUUCGUUGUCAGAAAUGUAUGGUCAAGGUGGACACAUCAGCAUUGCAACGAUUUUACGACGCCGAUGAAAGCUUUUUGGAUGUGUCGCAUAGUGGUCUCCUCUCCAACCCCCCGACACCUCCGACGAAGACCAGCGAAGCUCUUAGGUUGGACCUUCAUGCAGUAAAUAAGAAACUGGAUACGAUGAAACAGCGAUGGGAGGAAGAAAAACGCCACCUUCUAGGAGAAAAGGCGGUCCUUGAAGAUGCUGCGGACCGGAUGAACAUGGAAGUACGAAGCGCAAAGGAAGAAACGAAGAGAGCGACUGAAGCUAACCGACGAUCGAGAGCUGAUACUCGGGAAGUCGAGAGGGUGAAGGCUGCCAUUGCUGACCUCGAGGCUGAGCUGCAGGCAGAGAGGACGCGUCUCAGACAGAUGUCGGUGGAGCAGAACCGCGUCCAGCGUGAGAAGAGUGAUGUGGCUCGUCAACUACAACGAACUGAGGCGGAUAUCGAUGAUGUCAAGAGACAGCUCCAGAAAGCCAAACGCGAAAAUAAUGAACUAGAGACCGAGUUGCGAACCAAUGCAACCAUCGAACAGCAAGCUCGUCUCCUAGAAGGCAAAGUCAAAGAAAACGCAGAAACAAUCGAUCAGCUGCGGCAAGAGCGGUCUCUUCUUGCAAAGGACCACAAGGAGCUUCAGCGACAGUUCACUGAAGUAUCAGAACGAGUCAACAAGCUUCGCAAUGACUAUGCAAGGUCACAGUCAUCACACGACAACCGCCGCCAUCAACUCGAUUCGCAUCUCGGUGAAAUUGAUGACCUCAGGCGUGCGCUCUCCAAUCAAGCCGACGAACUACAGCGUAGCGAGGAGGAGAAAAACCGCAUGGCCAUUGAGAAGACCGAUGUUGCACGCACUGUUGCAGCCCUUGAAUCCGACCUUAGACGUGUCAAGCGAGAUGCCGAGGCGUUUGGACGUGAUCUCAAAACUCUGCGAACAGAGAAAGAGAAGCUGCAGGAGAAACACAGGAAUGAAUUGACGAAAGCUGAGCGAGCCAAAAAGCAGGCCCAGACUCAGAUACGUCUCCUGAACGAGCAGCUCAACGGCCAGCAUACGAAGCUAAAGACGGCCCAGGAGAAGCUCAAGAUCAAGGAUUAUGGAUUUGCUACCGAUGGCUACCAGCUUGUCGAGCUGAAAAAACAGCACAAGGAAGAGUGCAAAGGCCUUGUCGUCCAGAUUCGGUACCUCAAGGCAAAGUUUACCCGCGAGUCUACCUUGCGAGAUGAUCUCGUAUACCAGAAACAUUAUCUUCUUGUUCUCCUCUCGAACUUUGAGGCCAGUGAGAAGCGUAUACUGGCCUGCAUAUCCCGGAUAGGAUAUCCCAAACCGAAAAACCCACCAGCAAUUAUGAAGAAGACACGCUCGAUAAAGAGUGUUGUGCUUAGUGUCAUAUUUAUACGGCGUGUGAGGUAUGUACCCAGUCAUUGAUCCCAAGUUUCCGUCUUGAUUGAUGUCUCGUAGCCCUCACUCUGCGAUG